AUGUCAAGUUAGCCAAAAUCAUAAUAGGCUAAAUAGAUUUAAGGAAAAUCAAAAGUAUAAAAUAAAUAGUCUUUGAAUUCUAAGAAACUAAAAUAAUAAAAAAUUUAAAACUAAAAAGAAGAAUCAUUAAGAGAAAUUUUAGGUUUUUUUACAAAUUAAGUUGAUGCUAAAAAAUUUUUAAAAAAGAAAACUGCAAAAGAUGUUAUUGAUAAAGAUAUUAAUGAUAAAGAAUAUAAGGAAGAAAAAAUUUAAGAUGAAUUUCUUAAUCCAAAUGAAUUUGCAGAAGUAAAAGGAACAUAUGAUGAUUAUAAUAUUGGAGAUUUAGCUGUAAUAUUUUAAAAUCCAGAUACUGAUAAUUGUGAAAAUAAACCAGUUUCAUUUAAAGAAGCUGUAAAAAUAUAUGAUGAAAUGUUAACUGUAAUGACAGAUGAAGUUUCAAAAUCUUAGAUGAAAAAAGAAAGAUGUUCAUUUUUAUUAGCAUUUUUAACUUUAGAUGAUUAUGAAGAUAAAAAAGAUGAAGGCAAUUCUAAAAAGAAGAAAAAGAAAAAUGUAAAGAAAGAAGAUAAAUAAAAAACUGUGAAAUCAUUAUAAACUGCUUCAUAAUUUGGAGAAGAAAAAGAAUAACUAUAAAAAAAAUAAGAAAAAACAUCUUAUGAUAGAUAUUUAGAUUUUUUAAGAAUGUAUAAAAAAUAAGAAUAAGAUUAAAAGUUAUAAGAAGAUGAAUAAAAAAAAGGAGGAGAAGUUAUUUAAUAAAAAAAAUAAGCAUAUUUAGAUGAAAUUGGUAUUGAACCUGAUAAAAUGGAAGUUAAUCCUAAUAUGGUUUUAGAUCCAAUAAAAGAAUUGUAAAAAGUAGAUAUUAGUGAUACUUCUUAAUUUAAAAAAGUUAAAAAGAAAUGGUGUUAAGGUUAAUAUUUAAAGAAAACAAAAAUAGAUGAUUUUUAAGAAAAAUAUGAAUGGACAUGUUAAAAUACUCCUCCAAAAGAUUUUUUGACAUUAUUAAGAUUUACAAUAAUGGCUAAAUUAUGUAGAAAUGGAUUUUUACAUUGUCGAUAAUUUAUAAAUGGUACUGGAGAAUCUAUAUUUUUAAUAUUAAAAAGUAGUAAGGAAGUAGUAAAAAGAUCAGCUUAAAAUAUGAAAGUUACAAAAUAGAUUGAAUUAGGAUUUGCUGAUUUAUUUAGUUUGGAACCAGUUGAUGAAAGUUUCAGACCUUUAAGAUUAAAGAAUUAUAUAAGAUAAUAUGCAAAUAAUGAAGAAAUAAAGAAAAAAUUAUAAGAAAUUCUUGAUUCAAGAAAAGAAGCUUAAAGUAAAGAUGAUGAAUAUAAGAAAAAAUAAGAUACAACUGAAAGGAAAGAAAAUAAAGAUUAAAAUGGUGAUCCAAAUUAAGCAUUAGUUGAUUAAUUGUAAAAUUUUAGAAAGAUGUAAGAAUUUAAAGAGAAAAAAUAAAUUGAUUAAGAAGAAAUUAAAAUAGAAGAGAAUAUUUAAUAGGAACAUAAUUAAAGUAUAGGAAACUAUUGUGAUUCAUUAUAUCCUAUUAUUUGUUAAUGGGAUGAUACUUUACUUUAAGUUUAUACUAUUUUAAAAUAAUAAGAAACUGAUAAAAUAAUGAAAAUCAUAGCUAAAGAACUAAAUAUUGAUUAGAGUCAUGAAAAAGUUGAAUUAAUUAAUGAUAAAGAAAUCACAAGAAAGGAAUGGGAAAUAUAUUAUAUUUAUAUGGAAAUCUUAUUACAUUUUGGUUAAAAAAUAUAAAAUUUAAAAAAAAAGGGAAAUACAUAUUUAUAAGAAAAUUAAGCAUUUUUAUAUAAAUUAAUAUUUAGAAAAGCUUUAGGAGAUGCAAAUGAAUUAUGGUAUAAAAAUCAUCCAAGUGUUAUUAGAGAAAUAACAUAGAAUAAAUCAAUUUUAUUAAAUUUAUGGGGUAGAUUAAAUGUAGAUCCUGUUGCUCCUUAUACAGAAUUCUUUUAACCAAAUAAUGAAGUUGGAAAUUCAAUGUGGAGAAAAUAUGAAGUUAAUGAAAAAGGUUUAAGAUCAGAAUUUAUUAAUAUGGAAAAAAUAAAAAUUACUCAUGCAAUAGUUUUAAAAAAUAUUAAUAUAUUAAAAAUGUUAAAAGAAUUAAUAGUAACUGCUUAUUUUCCAAUUCAUGAUCAUUAUUAAUUAUAAGCAAUUCCUAAAAGUCCAUUUUUUGAAAAACUUAUUGAAGGAGAAUUUAUGUAACCUAAAGAAGAUACAGAACAUGAAUAUGAAUUAAAAAAUUUAUUUAAUGAAUUAAAAGAUGAAGCUGAACCUACUGAUUUUGAUUCAGAUAGUUUAGAAAAAUCAAGUGCUUUUAAUUUUAGAAUACCAUGGCAUGUUUCAAUAAAUUCUAUGAGAGAUUAUUUUGGUGAAAAAAUAGCACUUUAUUUCUCUUUUUUAAGUUAUUUCACUAAAUAACUUUGGUAUAUGGCAAUUAUAGGAAUUAUUGCUUAAGGAUUAAUUUCUGCUUCUACUGAAGAAGCUAAAUCAACUGUCAUUAUUUUAUUUUCUUUAGCUAUUAUCAUAUGGAGUACUUUCUUUAUUGAAUUUUGGAAAAGAGAAUAAAUUUUAUUUAGUGUUUAAUUUGGAUAAUAAAAUUUUGAAGAAGACGAAGCUGAAAGACCUGCAUUUUAAGGAAAAUAUAUUAGAUCAAUUACAAAUGAUGAUUUAAAUGAAGAAUUUUAUUCUCCUUUUCUUAGAAAAAUGAAAUAAUUAUUUUCUUUAGCUGUUAGUUUUUUAAUUAUUGGAUGUGUUAUUGGUAGUGUGUUAGGAAUAUUUUAUUUUAAGAAUUUAAUGUUAUAAUAGAAAGCUGAUCCAUUUUAUUCUUAAAAUGUUCCAGCUCUUUUAAAUUUUAUUUAAAUUAACUUUUUUAACUUUGUUUAUUCAAAAUUAAGUGAUAUUUUUAAUAUGUAUGAAAAUCAUAAGAUAUUGUCAUCUUAUGAAAAUUCUCUUAUUGCAAAAAUAUUCAUAUUUAUGUUUGUUAAUAAGUAAACUAUUAUAUUUAUUAUUUUAGUUUCAAUUCUUUUUUUAUUAUAUCCUUUUUGUCAGGAUAUUUUUCAUAAUUACAAUUAUGUAAAGUAAGUGAAGAAAUACAAGAUGAUUGUUUUUAAGUCUUAUCAAAUCAAAUGACAGUCAUUUUCUUAUCUAAUAUAGGUAAAAACAUUCCUGAAUUAGCAACUCCAUAUAUUAAAGCUUUUGUUACUAAAGUAUACUAUUAUAAUUAUAAUAUACUAGUAAAUGAAAUCAAAAACUGCCAAAGAAGUUGAACAUGCAUUUAAAUUAAUUGAUUCAGCUAUUGAUGAUCAAAUGGAACUAGAACCAUAUUAAACUAAUGAAGAAGUAGAUGGAACAGUCAAUGAUUAUAUGGAACUUGUAAUCUAAUUUUCAUAUCUUGCUCUUUUUGGGCUUGCUUUCCCAUCAUGUUAUAUUUUAGCAUUUGUUUCUAAUAUAAUUGAAAUUUAAGUAGAUAAGUUUAAGUUAAUCAGAGUUUCAAGGAGACCUUUUCCUUAAGGUGCUGCUACUAUUGGAAAUUGGCUUAUUAUUUUAGAAGUUAUCACAUUUUUUGGAAUUUUCUCUAAUUCUGGAUUAAUUGUAUAUACUUCUAAAACUAUAGAAACUAAUUAAAUUGUUAUAUUUUCAGUUUUACUAGUAGUGUUUUUAGCAUUAAAAUAUUUUAUUCGAUUUUUAGUACCUGAUGAACCAGAAUCAGCAACUAUUCUUAAUAAAAGACAUUAAUUUGUUGUUGAUAAAGUAGUUAAAGUAAUAUAUCUUUUUAUUAUUAGGGUUUUGCUUAAACUGGACAAAAAUCAUACACUCCUGCUAAAAUUAACUUAAAAAUUGGAGGUGUUAUCUAUUCUCAAUAAGUUUCAUAAAUAUUUAACUAAGAUGAGAGUAGUAAUAGAAAUGAAGAAAUUGCUGAAUGA